AGUUGAAAGGUCAUUCAGAUGUGAAAACAGGAUGCACGUGUUAGUGUAAAUCACAAAUUCAAUUGAUUAAUUUGCCUUAAGUGUGUGUUUUUGUGAUUUGUUAACGGCGACGUGGCAAGGCUUGAGAAGCAGCAAAGAUGGCUGCCAUCUACUCUGGUAUCCAUCUGAAGCUAAAGAGCUCUCAAACUCCAUGGGAGGACAAGUUAAAGCUUGCACGCUUUGCCUGGAUCUCCUCUCAAUGCUUGCUGCCCAACAAGGAACAAAUCCUUUUGGAUUGGUGCACACAUGCUCUGACAGGCUGGUAUAUUAAAAAGGUCGAGUUCUCACAAACUGUGCUAGAAGGCCUGUGGAGUUGCCUUGAUGAUUUUCUCCAUAGUCGGAAGCUUCACGUUGCUCUCAAGCAGGGCAAGACGGUCAGCUUGAGGCUCAACAUGGCACAGCUGCUACUCAACCUCCUUGAGGAGUGUGUGAGCGCCCCCACCAGGCUGUCAGUGGGUGUGUCCACCCUGCUAAGUGUGUGCCAGGGAAUCCUCUCAUCCUCAACUCUCUCAUCUGUUUUCACCACCAAGUACGAACUCAUGGUCAGUCUCUUGGUUAGACUCUGCUCCUUCGCCUGCCAUCAACUUCAACAAGCUUUGCCUUCAGGAUCCCAUCAAUUGGAAUUCAUUACAGACACUGUGAGCGACCUGGACUCUCAAACUGAAGUGAUCCCUAACCUAGACUUAGAGGAGAGUCAGAAGAAAAAGACCACUGGAUCUCAUUUGUUUGAGUUACUGCUUCAAGUUUUAGCAUCAUAUUUAUCAGUUCAGCGGCAACAAGGCAAUCCGAAUAGAAUUUUCACCUUGGUAACAAACCAGCUCAUCCAGCCGUUAUUGGUCCUGAGACACAUGCUGACAUCAGCAGAGUAUGCUCCUUCCCACACACAUCUGAAUCUCCGCCAGCAUCUCUGCAGAGACUUUCGUGCCAGGAUAGACUCCAUCCUUCAGUUAUCGCUCUUCUCCGCCGAGCAACUGGCAUCCUACAAAGAGGAGCUUCUAUCUUCUAAAGAGGAUACUGGCAAACGUGGACCCAGUGGAACAAAAGGCCUCUUCAAGCCAGCCAAUGCUUUAAUUUGCAAAUUAGGUUCUUGUGAGCCGCCGCUGCUUUACUCAGUCAAGUCAAACACCGUCCCGUUGUUUUUUAAAUUCUUUCUGGAAAGCUACAGAAAAUCUAGAACAGAAAAUGAGGAAGAGCAGAGAAUGCUGUGUUUCCAUUACCUUGCAAAGUUGUUGCCCGCUUUGGAUUUGUCCCCUUCCGAUGUCGCCUGCUCGCCACAAAGUUGGAGUCUGGCUUUACUGGCUAUGGAAUCGCUGCUUAGCCAUGCUCUGUCUGCAGAUAUUUAUAAUGUGGCAGCUGACAGAAUAAGAUACGCAGAGGUCCAGCUUAACUUUUACAAAAACCUCGCACAAAUUCUCUUCAAUCAGGCCCAGCCUAGCAUCCCUGCAUGGUAUCGCUGUUUGAAAGUGCUUCUGGGUCUCAAUCACAUGAUUCUUGAACCAGACUUGGCCGAGUUGUUAUCUUCAGCCUGGGUUAAUGCCGACUGUAUGGAAACACGGGUCCAACGGGCCAGACAGAUGAUGCUGUGCAGUCUAGUUCAGACUUACACCAAGCUCCGCCAGCUGCCUCGCUUCUUCUCUGAGCUCCUCUCGGUGAUCUGUCGGCCAUCUCUCGACAACGUUCACCCCCCUCUGCUUUGCGAUAGCGUGGCCGCCACGCUCAGAACCAGCAUUUUGGACACACCUCCAUCGCAGGGCCUUGAGAUUUGCUCCUUAGUGCUGGAGAGCAUGAGAAAACGCGUUUUACCUGACCUGGUAAAGGAAGAUGGAGAAGCAGAGAAGAUGGAAAUAAAUGGAGUGAAUGGUGAAAAAACUGGGGAUCAGGAGCAAGAAGCUGCAUCGGUGAAGCUUUUCAAUCUCAGCCAGCUCCUUCACGUCGUUUUAUUCAGUCUGAAGACUUUAGACGACGCCUCUCCUCUUCCCUUAGUCAGAAAAGGUCAAAACCUGAUGGAGGAGAUGCAGAAGAUUCUCAACGACCCUUCAACCGUUGCCUCCAGAAAACAAGGGGCUCCGAAAGCAAAGAAGAAAAGAAGAUCAGGAAAGGACCAGGGAGAGUCUCGAAAAGCACUUAAGUCUCUGUGGGAGCUGAAAAUCCAAGAGGCGCUUCUUCUGCUCCGAUACAGUUGGAUCGAAGUGGACACACUCUUUCAAAUCUACUGCAGCAAAUACGCACCUCUCGACUCCAACGCUGCCGCCUUAACAAACGUAGACAAUCUCCUAAAAUGCGAGAUCAACUCUGUACGUCUCCAUACGCACAGUCCCAUCAGCUUUGUGUUUCUCAAACUACUCACGUUGCAACAGAUUAAGAAAGUUCUAUUGGACUCAGCUUUACUCAAAGAUCCAAGUACCUCAGAGUCCCUAAGCAGGGGAGUGGAGUUUAUUUUAGCCAGAGAUGAGCUCCCGUUAUGUUCACAAGAUGAUCAGAUGUGGGACGGGCAGAUGAGCAGCGUGGACUCCAGCUCCCACCGUGUCGCUCACUGGUACGUUGUCACAUCUAACCUACCCUUGCUGGCCCCUUACCUGGACAGGGAAGACGUGAACUGCAUCUCGGAUGUUCUGGUCACGUCGUUGCUGAGUAAGGAGUCUCGCGGAAACGCAGAUCAACUCUCCGUCCCCCUCGUAUCCUCGCAGCUUAUCCACAGCCCCGUUCUGACCGAGUUGCCAUCGCUGUUCUCUGCCACUGUUGGUUCGCUCUUGCGUAGGAUUUUGGGGGUUCUAACUGCGGCGCAUACAUCUAAAGUUUGUCCGAUGCUUGAGAAGUACCAAAAGGGUGAAUUUGAGGUUUUGUCCGCCUUAGCGAAACAGAGCAUCAUAGAAGAUAUGACGGUGUCCUCACAGUCCGGGAACGUGUUUGUGCUUUUGAGUGACGCUCAAACCAAAGAGCUGAUAGACCUGCUGUCCAUCUUAUCAAGCCUAAACGCUGAUGGACUCAAUUCUGAGGAUCUGUUAUCGAAUUUCCUCCUCCUUGCCUUCAUGCUCACAUCUACCGGCGCUUCUUAUUCGGUAAGAUCCAGAUUCCGAAUAUGUUGCACAGGAGUCCAAGUGAAGCUGCUCAAGAUACUGGCGUGUCUUGUGGAGGGCCAAAACUUUCACGGCGUUCGAAGUUCAUUACACGGCAGCACUCUGCUGCAGGCCGUUGUCUCCUUCGAUGCUCGGCACAGCAAAGAAAGGCGAUUCAGCUCCACCGCUAGCUCCGAUUGGUUGGAUUUGUUGAAGCCUUGCAGGAGUUCUCGUGAAUUGGUCCACUUAAUUAUGGUCAGGAACAGCAGCGUACGCCUCAAUCUGGACCGGAUUGUCUCAUUUCUUACCAGCGAGGACACCACAUCAAAUCGUGGAGGCUCCAUCAUGUCCGUUCAUCUUCUACUGGCGUCCUUGGUCGCCGCCGCCAAGGCGAUGACCUCUUACCUGGGAAGGAGUAUAACAAUGGAUCAAACUUUGACCCAGAUUCUUACAAGAACCACAUCCUCACUGGGAUCAGUUGUGGAGUUGGUCCUGAAGGCCCAGAUGGUCGGCAAGAAGCCCGACUGCUCGCUCAGUCCCGCCUUUGUCGUGGACACGGUCACGGUCAUGCUGCGGUGUGAGCUGGCCACCGAGGGCAACGACCGGACCACCCUGAGCCACAUGACGCUCUAUCAGGGUUUCUGCCAGCAGAUCCUGAAAGAAAUGAACUCCGCGGCCAGACCCACGGACUUUCUGGUUUCAUCGUUACAUUUCUUGUCAGCGUUCUACACGGCAGUGAUGAAGACAGGAGAAAAAGAGGAGGAAGGAGAAGAAAAGAAAGUAAAAGUGAUGGAUGAGUUGUACGCUCAGAUGAUUCAAAAUGUCCAUAAACUUUUGACUGCUCAGUGGCUGUCGCCAUCCGACACAUCUGAGCUGGAGCCGGCUGUGCAGGAACUUCUGCACCACCUGCUGGAGAACAGCACUCCCUACCAGUUCAGCAUGUUGCUGACAAUGAUCAAAGAUGGCUUAGAUACUUGCACGCUCAGCUCUGGAAACUACAAGGAAGUGCUGGCGAUUGUCAUCAUCACCAAGCUGCUGUCCUGCUGUCAGUUACCUGAGCCUUGCUCCAAAGCUCUGUGGUUGCUUGCACCACAAAUUCUGUCUGCUAUGGUGUUCCUUGUCAGGUCGUCCAGUCAGGACGUGGGCUUGACUGCAACCUUCACCAUUCCUACCGUGACAGCCAUGACGACGCUGCUGCGCCAGGCCCAGGGUCUAAUCUCCAACCCUCAUCACGUCGUCUUGGUCCUCGGAGCGCUUCAAGCUGUGCCGCUUGAACACCUGACCGCACUUGUUUACCAGUCAGCGUUCUUGGCUAUUCACGAGGCACUUUUCGCUACCAUCCAGUGUCAUUCUCAGGUGAUGCUGAAUGCUACGCCAUCAUUCUUGAAUGUCUUUUAUCGUCUAGUGGCUUCCAUCAUGCAGGAAGGUCGACAGAGAGGAGCCGCUGACACGGGUGGGGAAAGUGAAGUGUACCUGCAGUGCGCCCGGCUGGUCGAGAGGAUGUACACACACAUUGCUGCCAUCUCCGAGAACUUCACCACACUGUCUGUCUUCAUGGUGGCUCAAUACGUCACAGAACUGCAAAAGGUUACUUUACGGCCAGACAUCAAGCUGCAUCUCACAGAGGGAAUCUACCACAUACUGGACUUGUGCCUGGAGAAAGAUAUCAAGUUCCUAACAGCAGGCUUGCAGAGCGGAGUCCGGGAGGUGUUUCAUGAACUCUACAGUAGCUACAACCACUACCACAAACCCCAGAUACAAGGAGAGGACAAAUACACUGUUUGAAGGGUUCAGGUGACUCUGAAAUUGGGAUAAUUAUGGAUUACGCAGCAAUUGUGUGACAGGCAUCCAAGGAUCUGGGUGUGUUUAUUUUGAUAUUUUUACAUAUUGACUCAGAUCAUGUAUAAAAGAGUGUUUUUUAACUUGUGCAUGUUCCAGGGUGCAGUAAAAUUUACUGCAAAUGUUCAUUUUCGAGCAUCUUCAAUGACAUCAUUUUAUGAGCAAGUGUUUUUUUACUGGGCAAUUUCAAGUACAAGCCAAAAAAAAAAAAAAGAUAAACUACUUUUCUCAUUUGCUAAUGGAGCUGUAGCGGUGUUGAGAUGAAUCACAGGGAUGAGUAUAAUCUUAGUCAACUUGAUGGAUCGUGUCAGAACCAUAAUGCCUUUUUUUCUUUUCGUAAUAACAGCCCCUUCAAGGAUGCAUUGAUUAAAGCUGAAGCUGGAGUAUUUUGUGCUGUAGUAGCACAAUAAGCGUAAGCGCCAACUCCCAUGCUGCCAAGCUCAUCAAUUUUUGGGAUUCCCUGCACAAUUCUGAAAAUGAAACUGUUGCAGAUGCAGCAUUUCUGUGAAUAGCUCAUAUUUAUUCUACAUCAAUGCUAAACCCAUCAAAGGAUUUCAUAGCGAUGAGCUGUAUGACUGAAAUUACCUAUUAAAAACUGAUUUGGGUAUAUGA